AUGUCACGCGGGGGCGGCGGCGCCGGCAAGGCGACGACCGCGAAACGCGUCCCUCCCCCCGCGGUGCCAGGGGACGCGUUUGGCACCCCACAACACCGACACUCGGGUUCCAGUUUCGGAUCCCAAGGGUACGCGUCCUGUGAGGAGCAGGCCUACCCGCAGCCACCUGAUACACCUUCACAUACUCGAGAUGACCAUUCUGACUAUGGCAGCACGGUGUCCGGAGUGUCAGGCGUGUCUGGAGCGAGUGGGAGUCUCGGGAAAAGUCCAGCUGGUGGAGGCACUUUCACAUUUCCACCACCGUCGCAACCGCUCACGCAUAAAGCGGCCGUAUAUUACCAUCACCAGCUGGCCUUAAGUGAUGAUCAGGGCAUCGAUAUGACACAGAGUCCCGGUAGGGAUAGUCCUGGCUCCUCAUCAGGGUCGGCUGGCUCCGGUUCCCGUCACUCAUCAGCGUCGCUGGAUAGUGGCAGAGCGUCGGGAAGAAUGCCGCAUCAUCACCAUGCUUCAUGCCAUUGCGGAGACACCGUUGAUAGAGUUCGAUCUAUGAUCGCACAGGGACUUCCAGAUGCAGACAUUAUUCAUGCAUGGCUAGCCGAUUUACAAAUGGAGGAGUAUGCUCGUCUCUUCAUAGAGGCCGGGUAUGACUUGCCGACAGUCACAAGAAUGACUCCAGAAGACCUGACGGCUGUGGGCAUCAAGAAACCGAACCACCGCAAACGCUUAAAGGCUGAACUGGCAAAUCUUAACGUACCUGAGAAUUUGCCCGAUUAUAUACCUGGUUCUUUAGAAGAAUGGCUUCGGCUUCUUCGACUUGAAGAAUACGGCCCAGCUCUCGUAGCGCAAGGAUAUCGCACCGUGCAUGACGUCACACAGCUCGCUUGGGAGGACUUAGAAGAUAUGGGCAUAGUAAGACUCGGCCAUCAAAAGAAAAUACUUUUAGCGAUCAAGAGAGUGAAAGACAUUAGAGCCGGAAAACGGAGCAUAAGUAACCAAGGGUCCCUGGAUUUCACAAGGCUUCAGCCUGGACAGGAUUUAUAUCCGAGGGAGCAAUACCAGCAUUGGGAGAGACACGCAAGAAGUUACCAUAAACCCCCCGAUCUAAACUUUGACGCUCUACAAACGUCCCUAUGUGCCACUGACUUGGUCCCCAUCCAGAUACGCCAUCCCCGCGGGAAGUCUUUGGAGAGUUUAGAAGACCCAUCAGAAAGAACAUCGCACACUACCUUCUCCCCUGAAGCCGGGUUUUAUUAUGGAGGCCAAUGGCGGCGUUCGUACGACGAUGGAGAUAUAACACCAACAAAUGAUAGUUAUGAAGGGGGAGGUACUUUGCCCCGACCUAGGGGGUUGGUGAGACCUCGUCCAGUCGCUAAGAUCCAAGCGACUCCGGCGUAUAGAGAUAAAUCUCCUGACUACACAUAUGAUGAGAUCGCUUACUCGGCACGACUGCAGCGCGUCGCUUAUGGAGCGAGUCCGCACGUGGCUAGAAAGCCUCCGCCGGAGCCACCGAAGCGUCAGAGCUCACAGUAUGCGCCUUUUACUCGCUUCGGGCAAACCACUGUGGAAAUUCAUCCGGAGAAGAGCUUGCCCUUGAGUUUGCCAGCUUAUCCUAGUUCAGACUCGCUCAGUGUUUCGUUGGACAGUACAGGACUACUUCCGCCCCCACCUGCCCCUUCUUCCCCACCCCGGAGAUACGAAGAGGACAAAAUGAGAACGGGUUCCGAUGCUAGUUUUAAGUCAAGUUCGAGUACUGAAUCGGACAGCAUUCCAUUUGCCAAUGACAACGCAGGUACGAUUAAGCAAAACCGAAGUCAAAUGGCUGGCAGACCUCAUACUGUGGACUAUGGUAGAACGGGUAUGGGCUUGGCGACGCUCCCUCCUAGACCUACAGAUAAACAACACAUAGAAAAAGAAGAGAAGAGUACAGAACCCGUUGAUGUCCUCAACGAUAUAGGGAACAUGUUGGCAAACCUUACAGACGAACUUGACGCCAUGCUGGAAGAGGAGAAACGACAAGGCCUAACUGAUUCCUAA